UUAGCCGGCCUGCCAUUCGAGAUCCGCAGCCUCAUCUGGGAGGCCACUCUGCCUCCUCCUCGGAUCUUCCACGUCAAGAGCACAGCAGAAUCCAGCCUCCAGAAGAUCCUCACCUUCCACCGGAAACACCCGCCGCCCGUUGCGCUCCACAUCUGCGCCGAGUCCCGAGCCGCGGCUCUCCGAAACGGAGGCUUCUUCCUCGCUCCUCCGGAUGCCGCCACGGGGCCUUGGUUCAAUCCCAAGCGGGACAUUCUGUAUUUCGACCGCAACCAGCGCCACAUGCUGCGCUCCAAGUUCGGCAAGACGCAGAUCGCCGGCUGGGAGCAGGUCCUACAUGUCGGGCUGGAGUGGCGGGCCUGGUUCCGCGAUGUGCCGCGGCGGACGGCGCCUGGGGACGAGGAGGUUCGCAAACACUGGCGGAGCGUCGUCAGAGGGCUCUACUUCCACAUGCCUGCGCUGGAGGGCAUUCACUACGUGCUCCCGCGCGUGCGGCAUAAGGGGGGCGUGACGUGGGGCAGAGAGCCUUACAAGGCAGCAGAGUACGAGGCGGAUGUGGUGCGUCUGCCAGAGGAGACGGAGAUUCCGUGG